GGGCAUGACGGGGACGCGAGGUAAGACGGGGUCACGCACACAUACAAGAAACUAGACUCUUGCGAACAGAAAGCAAUAACCCAAUAGGAAGCCAUACUCGAUCAACCGUCAGUGCGACAGAAACAGUGAGUGGGAGUGCACGCGUUUUUUGUUUACAAACGAAAAUCACGUUGAGUGUCUCGUCGAUCUAAUUUUACGCAGUUAAAAACGUCUUUACUGUAAGGUAAAACAAUGGUACGUUCAUACAAGAAAAAAACUAAAAGAGGAGAGUGGUCAACAAUUUCUAUGAAAACAGCUAUAGAUAAAGUAUUAAGUAAAGAAAUGGGCUACAGAAAAGCCGCUUCUGAAUACGGAGUGCCUCAGACUACUUUGGAGCGAUAUGUUAAGAAAAUGAAGGAAGAUGGUGAAGUUACAAUUGGUGUACCUUUGGGCCCUAAAAAACCUAUUUUUACAACAAAAGAAGAAGACGAGAUUGUGGCAUAUCUAAAACAUAUGGAAGAACGUCUUUUUGGGCUGACAACUCUCGAUCUGAGACGUCUAGCAUAUCAACUGGCUGUGAGAAAUGGUAAGGCGCACAAUUUUAAUACUGACAAGCAGAUGGCAGGGGUUGAUUGGCUCAAAGGUUUCUUAAGGCGUCAUCCAGAUUUAUCCAUUCGUAAGCCCGAAGCUACUUCAGCAGCUAGAGCAAUGGGGUUUAAUAAAGUGGCCGUUAGUAAAUUCUACCAGUUGCUCGGAGAGAUUUAUGACAAGCAUAAAUUAACUCCUGACAAAAUAUAUAAUUGUGACGAAACUGGUAUCUCCGUUGUAUCUAAAACCAAGAGCAAAAUAUUGGCCAUGAAAGGACGAAAACAAGUAGGCUCGUUAUCAUCUGCAGAUCGCGGCCAGACUAUUACAGUAGAAAUAUGUUUUAACGCUGCUGGAACCUACAUGCCUCCACUGAUGAUUUUUCCGAGACAACGAAUGAAACCAGAAUUGUUAGAUCACGCCCCACCAGGUACUGAAGGUGUUUGCAAUGCUCGAGGCUGGAUAACUACCGAAAUAUUUUUGACUUGGUUCAAAAAGUUUAUCAGAUUCUCCGGAGCUACUCCUACUAAUCAUGUGUUGCUGCUUCUAGAUGGGCAUGUAAGUCACACUCAAAAUUUGGAAGUAAUUGAUCUGGCACGUAAAAUGGAGUUAUUAUACUUUGCUUUCCACCUCACUGCACACAUAAAAUGCAGCCAGCAGAUGUUGCAUUUAUGAGGCCACUCAGUACAU